UAUCAAGGUAAGGUGCUUUAUCCUUCACCCUUACUUUUAUAUGAGUAUGAUAUCAACGAAGCACCUUGUGAUAUUAAAGAUAUAAAUUGUAGGCGUUUCAGAGGAAAAGUGGUAGUGGUCGUCAACGUCGCUUCGCAGUGUGGGUUAGCAAAUUCAAAUUACACACAGAUAAAGGAAUUGCUCGAUAAAUACAAAUCUCAAGGCUUAGAAGUGGCGGCGUUCCCUUGUAACCAAUUCGGAGGGCAGGAACCAGCCUGUGAACUCGACAUAAAGAAUUUUGUGGAAAACAAGUUCAGCUUCGAGCCAGACCUCUAUGCAAAGGUUGAUGUGAACGGGGAUAAUGCAGAUCCACUAUACAAAUUUUUGAAGAAACAGAAGAGUGGCAUCCUGACUGAUGCAAUUAAAUGGAAUUUCACGAAAUUUUUGGUUGAUAGAAACGGCAAAGUUUGCAAGAGGUUUGUAACUGGCAGAAUUAUUUUUCUGAAAAGUUAA